UCUAUGGUGGUGAUAUUCCAACUGGGGUUAAAAUAAACCGUGUUUUCCUCUUUAUCCCGGAUUAACUAGCUCGUUUCUGAACAUGCAAGAGUCUCAUCAAACGGGUGUGACCUAUUUAUGGGAGCGGAGACGGUGAGAUACAGCUGAGGAGUCUGGAUGGAUCAGGACCAGCCACGCAGGCAGAGAGAUUCUAGUCCAGGGUCUGGUCCAACAGCAGAUUGGGAGUCAUCGGGUCCAGAGAAGGAGCAGAGGAAAUGCAGUUCCUGCACAGUGACAGAUGACCUGAGCAUAAGUGGUAACCGGUCCCAGAGCUCCAUCUGCCGUUGUUGGCAGCGAGCGGAGCUUCUCCUGCGCAGCACCUUGAAUCCUGGUCUGAGGUGGCUGCUCCACGAGCAGAACCAGAGUGAGGAAGAGGAGAACUUUGUAGCCGCUCACAACCUGGUGUCCCGGUCUUCCAGCCGUCUGCAGCGUCUGCAGCACUUUCUCCUGACCAUGACGGUCCAGUGGCAGCUGGUGGGAGGAACACAGGCGGGAGGGCCUAAGGUGUGUGUGAAGGGUCUUCAGGAUGAAGGGGAUGUCCUCCUCCUGCACUCCUCCUCCUCCCUUCAGCAGCAGUACAGAGCUCUGGUGAAGCUUCUGGAGCAGCGGUCUGUGCUGCUCUUCAUCCACGAGUACACCCGGCGGGUCCGCCUGGCUGCAGCUUACCUGUCCAGAGUGAAGCAGCUGCUGGAGCUGCAGGUGAAGGAACCGAACUGUGGACACCAGCAGAAUCCAUCCAGCUGCUCUCCAUUUCGGGUGGGUGUGUCCUCCCUGAGCCAGGAGCUCCGGGUCAACCUGAACCACUGGUUCUGUCUCCUCUCCAGAGUCCACUCUGACCCCUACCUGAGAGGGGCCAUGGCUCAUCACACAGGCCUGCUGGAGAACAUGAGAUGGACUCUGGACUUGCUCAGUCUGCAGAUUCUGGUUGUGAUGGAGCGAUACGUGAAUGCUGUUCUGUCUACUGUGGCCCAGACCGGUUCAGAUUCCCUCCCAAGGGAAGUCCUAGAAGACGUUUUAGCAGGUACAGAGUUGUAUAACCAGGCGGUGGAGGAGCACCGAGUGCAACACAGCGCCCCCAAACGGAGGGUGGUGUUACUGCAGCAGGUCAAUGAUUCCACAGGGUUGCCCAGACGAGUCUUUGGAAGACCUCAAGCUGUAUCAGUCAAAGAGCUCAUCAGCAUUCUGGCCACGCGUCACGCACAAACGGCAAUCAAUCAGCUCCUCUGCUGGACUUUUGAACAGAGCUGCCAGUUGUGCAAGGCCGUGCCCAGCCACGGAGCUGACAACGAUGAUCCAAGAGAUAACUCAACUCUGAUGAGCAAGCGGACCCGGGAACAGAUGCAAAAUAUCUACCUCAAUUCAUCCUCUCCGUUUAAUAAUAACCAGCCCUCCAGGAAGUCCUCGUCUCUUGACACUAAGGGUAACACAUGUCCCGCUUCCACGCCCAACCGUCCAUUUGACACCAUCAAGGAACAUCACCCGUACAGGAAAAGCAACAGCUGCCAGUGCCAAACAUGCCCAUCCCAGUACGGUCCCAGUCAGACCAGUGUGGAAAUGUUAGACUCAUUCCAACGCUAUCCACCAAAAAAAACAACUUCAGAAGACUCUGAACCCUUCUGGACCAAUUGCACCUCUCCACCUUCCUCCCAUCAUCUCUCAACCCCACCUCAAUCAGGGCAGUUGGAGCAGUCCUCAGCAGAACUGCUGUUUCAGGUGCUGGCUUCCUCCAGUGACCUGCUGGUUCCACUGAUGCCUCACAGGCCAGCAGGAGAAGCAGCAGGAGAAGCAGCAGGAGAACCAGCAGGAGAACCAGCAGGAGAACCAGCAGGAGAACCAGUGGAACCGCUGCUCCCAGUCACAGCAGCAGGUACGCUCAACUGGAAGGCUGAAACAGUCCAAUCUGCCCUUCCGGUCAUCAACACCAACCACUUACAGGUUCUGGAAGGAGAUGGUGAAAAAGUGAAUAGUUGCCAGAAUGUGAAGGGGCAUCAUCUGGACCAGGCCGAAAUGGAGCAGAAUGUGGAGGGAUAUCAGCCGGACCAGGCCAAAUCGGACCAGAAUGCAGAGGGGCGUCGGGCAGACCAGGAUGAGCUGGAUUUGGCAGGACGGGUACAGGUUCUUGACUGUUCUGGUCCUCAGAGGGACGAUUAUUCUGACCACCAGGACAGACUGGUGACCACGGCAGCACCUGUUCCAGACUGUGCUCGCUGGCCUCUCUCUGUUCAGUGGCUGGACCUGGGUCGGACCCUGGUCCUGGCCGACCUGCUGGGCCAGUAUCAAGCUCUUUUAAGGACUCUCUGCAGCAAAGCCUUCUGGUUAAAACUGCAUGUACCCUCACCAGGAAGUUCUCUAGGCAGCAUCAACCUCCAGGACGACCACACCGGUGUCCAGAUGCUACACAGGAUCAGCCGAGCUUCAGAGACAGGUCUGCUCUCACAGGAGUCCAGGACCAUGCUGCAGGACCUCAGUGUCCACGUGCUCAUCCUCUCUGCUCACGCUCACUGGGACCACGUGAUGUGCAGAACUCUGAGUUCAGGUCUGAAGGACAAGUGUCUGAGAGGUGAAGGUGGUGAUCAUGUGACCUCCACAUCGGAGCAGGGUGGAGGUGGAGGGGGAGGUGGAGGUGGAGUCACGUCACGAACCAUGGAGAACUUCUUACGUCUGCUCCAGCCGCUGCUGUCAUCUCUGAGCCGCCACGCAGAGACACCCAUGCUGGGUGUGUCCAGCUGUGCUCUGCAGCGGCGGACCGUGUCUCUGCUGCUGGCCUCCAUGCAGACGUCCUCCUGCUGGCUGGGCUCCAAGGCCCUGCAGUUCCUGUCGUCAUGGAGCCUGCAGAAGUUCCUGCUGAUCACCCAGGGAGACCUCCGGGUUUGGACUGAGUGCUUACUCCCGGUGGUCGUGACCACCAGGACCCUGGUGGGGAGCUGGAGCUCUGAUCAGUCCACCGUCUGCAACCACAGCCGGCGUCUGCUGCAGCAGCAGCUGCACGCUCUGGAGGAAGCUGCAUCCCAGCUGCAGGCCUUCUCCUCUCUGGUGCUGACCAGCUUCUCCCUGCACUGCAAACUCCUGUCCAGGGACGUGUUUGAGCAGGGCAUGCCCUCAGCCAACUGGAGGCCCCGCCACACAGGAUUACCCAGCAGCCCCAGCGCGUACGCGUCCAGGGCAGCUCAGUCUGUGAUCGGUCCGGUUCUGGAGUGUGUGGCUCCAUUGUCUGAUGACGCCCAAGUCCAGGCCCUGAGUGUCACCAUGACGGCCUUCAUGGAGGCCUGGAUGGAGCACAUCCUGAAGAACAAGAUCAAGUUCAGUCUCCAGGGGGCCCUGCAGCUGAAGACGGACUUCGACUCCGUCAGAGAAAUGAUCCAGUCAGAGAAGUGGGGACUGUCUUCAGAGCUGCACCAGAGCCUGCUGGGCCUGAGGGUUUUCCAGCAGGUGGACUGGGCCGUCCUGUGUCUGCUGAGUCGUCCCCAGAACCAGAGCUGCCGCCGCUGUGACGCCUGGACGCCGUUCAGACGCUGCUGUCCUGCCAGCAGGAACAGGGACAGCCUGGACUGUGAGGGAGGAGCCGUCAUGACCCUGGGCUGCAUGGAGACUGAAGACCCGGCUCUGGCUGGUGCUGGUCCCCCCUCAGGGACCGCUACCCUCCCACCGGUCCACCCCUCAUCCCCCGCAGAGCCCUACCUGGCUCCCAGUGCAGCUCUGGGUUCAGCCCAGCAGGACUGGCUGGACCUCCGGGUCCAGAACGGCACCGUCCGCUGGAGGUUGAUGGGACUGCAGUGUCUGUGCAGGACGGAGCCGUGAUACCAUCCUGGACCUGAUCCUGGACCAGAAUCAACGGUUUAAUCCUGGACCAGAACCAUCUCUUUAAUCCUGGACCAGAACCAUCGGUUUAAUCUACUAAUAAAGUGCUGUUGUCAUGCUGAUUCAUGUUCCUGGUGUUCUCUUGAAGUGUGGAGGAAAGACGUGAGCAGCCGUGUUCUUCACACAAAC